AUCAGACCUACAAAAAUGACGGCUAAACAAGGCUAUAUAAUUGAAGAAAUGUCACAAGAUGUUGCUAUUUUGUUGUUUUUGUUAGCCACACCAUAUAAGCGUAUCAUCAUUGAACAAGCGAAACUACCUUUGAGCGCUUGGUUUGUCUACAACUACUACCCGUACUUUGACGUAAAUUUUAAGAGACGGGACGCAAUGGGACAAAACCAAAGUGGAGGCCAUGGUCCUGGAGGUGGAAAAAAGGACGAUAAGGAUAAGAAGAAGAAAUAUGAGCCUCCCAUUCCUACCAGAGUAGGGAAGAGGAAGAGGAAGUCGAAGGGGCCUGAUGCUGCUAGCAAGCUACCUCUGAUCACGCCACACACCCAAUGCAGGCUGAAGCUCCUGAAGCAGGAGCGGAUUAAAGACUAUCUGCUGAUGGAGGAGGAGUUCAUCAGGAAUCAGGAGCAGAUGAGGCCUCUGGAGGAGAAACAAGAAGAGGAAAGGUCAAAGGUCGAUGACCUGAGGGGAACCCCCAUGUCGGUGGGAACUCUGGAGGAGAUUAUCGACGACAACCACGCCAUCGUGUCCACCUCUGUGGGCUCGGAGCACUACGUCAGCAUCCUGUCCUUCGUGGAUAAGGACCUUCUAGAGCCAGGGUGCUCCGUCCUCCUCAAUCACAAGGUUCAUGCCGUCAUCGGGGUGUUGAUGGAUGACACCGAUCCAUUGGUCACCGUGAUGAAAGUGGAGAAGGCUCCUCAAGAAACCUAUGCUGACAUUGGAGGACUGGACAGUCAGAUCCAGGAGAUUAAGGAAUCAGUGGAGCUGCCUCUGACACACCCGGAGUACUAUGAGGAGAUGGGAAUUAAACCUCCCAAAGGUGUCAUUCUCUACGGGGCACCAGGAACAGGAAAGACGCUUCUGGCCAAGGCUGUGGCCAACCAGACGUCGGCUACGUUCCUGCGUGUGGUGGGCUCCGAGCUGAUCCAGAAGUACCUGGGUGACGGACCCAAGCUGGUGCGAGAGCUCUUCAGGGUGGCGGAGGAACACGCCCCGUCUAUUGUCUUCAUCGACGAGAUCGAUGCUAUUGGCACCAAGAGAUAUGACUCCAACUCUGGAGGUGAGAGAGAGAUCCAGAGGACCAUGUUGGAGCUUCUCAACCAGCUGGACGGAUUUGACUCCAGAGGAGACGUCAAGGUCAUCAUGGCCACCAACAGGAUCGAGACCCUGGACCCUGCCCUCAUCAGGCCAGGACGGAUUGAUCGCAAGAUCGAGUUCCCCCUGCCCGACGAGAAAACCAAGAGGCGCAUCUUCAGUAUUCACACCAGCAGGAUGACCGUGGCCGACGACGUGACCCUAGACGAGCUCAUCUUGGCCAAAGACGACCUCUCCGGGGCUGACAUUAAGGCCAUCUGUACUGAGGCUGGGCUCAUGGCUCUUCGGGAGCGCAGGAUGAAGGUCACCAACGAGGACUUCAAGAAGUCCAAAGAGAACGUCCUGUACAAGAAGCAAGAGGGCACACCAGAGGGGCUUUACCUCUAACCACACAGUUGUGUUCCAGCCCCCAGCACCCUCUCCCCUGUUGCAGUGUGAGCGAGAGGGGGGAAAUGCAUUGUUUCCACUGAAUGGACCGGUUUUGUUAUUUUGUAUACACAUAGUUUUUGGCUUCCUGUUUUUAUCUCCCAUUGUUAUAUAUAAUGAAAUAAAUGCCUGAAUAAACAG